AUGGUGCCGUGGGAACAAAGCUACCACAACAAACUACUGGCCACUGCGGUUACUGCUCUGGCAGUUGCUGCUUUCAAGGAUACCACCCGUCUUGUCAUCAGAUGGCUGCAAGCUCCUUCCGGACAGUGGCAGCAGCAGUACACCGACAGCGAUGCAAGUGAUGCAGACGCCGGAGAACACGGGCGUAUCGUCGAGUGGGAGUAUGAGCCUUUACCUCGUGGUGAACCUGGGCAAAAUGUUGGCGAUGCUGGAAGGGCCAACAACGCAAAUCGGCUUCAUGAAAAUGUCGAGGAUUGGUGUACAUGUGGAAGAUGUCGUGUGCCUCCAUCUUUCAAUGAAGGUGAUUGUGUCUGUUGUCAGGAACUUGCAGAGGUCAAGGCAGAGGCUGAUCGACAGGGUUCAAGUUGUCUGGUGGAUUCUGAGGAGUUUGAGCCGGCCAUCCUAAAUGCGACAACAUUGUACAUCGGAUGGAUGGAGUACACAGAUAGGUGGCGCCGAGCAGCCAAAGCAUUUGGGGACAGGAACAAUGAAAAAUACAGGUAUGUGGCCUACAGGAAAGUCAUGAGAUGGUGUCGGGGCUGGCUCGGGAAGGACAUCAGGGUGCAACUGCCAGCAUGUGUCCAUGCCUUAAUAAUGGAAGCGUAUCCUGAUGGACGUGGUCAGUACAAAGGGACCAUCCUGCGUCGGUUGAGAUGAGGAUGUAACAUCAACUAUUGUCUUGCGAACUUUGAAUGACUGUCAUCUUCUAUGUGAUUGUCAGCCAUCUUCUGUACGUUAUUUGUGAUCAUCGGCUUUCAUCUUCAUAUUCAUCACAAAUACUAUUGUUUGAACUUCUCAUGAUGGUAUGGUUGCUAUGAACUUUGAUCUCGACAUUUGAUUCUAAUUUCCAAGAGCUGAUAUUCGAACUUUUGCAAAACUGUGAUCAAGCAACGAUUUCUUAUGAGGAAGAAUGUUGAAAUCUAUAUAAACAAGCAACAAAAAAAAC